GGCGAGCUGUGCAAGGGGGCGGCGUGCAUGGAGCUGGCGUGCAUGACGCUGGGGGUGGCGGUGGAUGCGGCACAGGUGGCGCGGUUCAGCGGCGUGGGUGAGCGCGUGUAUCGCAACGCCAAGGCCGCGCUGCAAAAGGUGCUGGGCGUCACCAGCAAGACCACAGCCCGCGAGCUGUGCGUCCAGUUUGGCUGCGCGGGCCACGAGCCGGCCGUGAGGGCGGCGCUGGCGGCGUACAAGGACCGCUUUGUGCGCUCGCUGCCCGCGGCGCAGCAGCGGCACGUCGACUUUGGGCGCCCCGUCUUCCUGGCAGCUGCCUUCUACCUGGUGGCGCGCAAGAAGAAAGUGGCGGUGGACCGUGUGAAGCUGCUGGACCCUCUUGGGGUCACCGCCGCCGAGCUGGCCCAGGCGUGCGCCUCCAUGGCCAACCUGUGCCACGACCUGGUGGGCUGCGAGCCGCGCAAGCGCAGGGCGGAGGAGCUG